CAUUGUCAGACAAAAUCUCUCAACUAGAAGUUCCCCGUCUUCGAAGAAUGCUAUGCUUAGAUUUCUCCGCGCCGCAAUGACUUCGCUCACUACACCACCUCGCGUUCCCAUCCCCGCCAACGGCGUAGACUACCGUGGCAAAGUAGUCCUUGCGCCGAUGGUCCGGUCGGGAGAACUGCCCUCUCGCCUUACGGCUCUUAAGUAUGGUGCCGAUCUAGUCUGGGGCCCCGAAACGAUUGAUCGCUCGCUCAUCGGCGCCUCUCGCCGCGUGAACCCCCGCAACGGGACCAUUGAAUAUACUAGGCUCCCCUCGAACGGUGGUCGCACCGAAGCAGCACAACAGGAAUCGAUCAUUUAUCGCCUUGACCCGGUGCGAGAGAAGGGAAAACUCAUCUUCCAACUAGGUACUGCCUCGCCCGAGCUCGCUGUGCAAGCCGCCAAAAUGGUCGCUGGUGAUGUUGCGGGUAUCGAUGUGAACUCGGGUUGUCCAAAACCGUUCAGUACAAGCGGUGGAAUGGGCGCAGCCUUGCUGCGGACGCCUGAUAAGUUGGUGUCAAUCCUGGAGGCACUUGUACAGGAGGUUGGGAACCCCUUUCAAAUUGGUAUCUCGGUGAAGAUUCGCAUCCUUGAGACACCGGAGAUUACGGGAGCUCUGGUCUCGAGGCUUGUCAAGACGGGCAUAACAGGCUUGACAGUCCAUUGUCGAACACCACCUAUGCGUCCCCGCGAACGGGCACUUCGCGAGCAGGUGCGCAUGAUCGCCUCCAUCUGUCACGACGCUGGUGUUGCGUGCGUUAUAAACGGUGAUGUGACUUCGCGUGAUCAGGCCCUGGCUCUCAUGGAAGAAUUCGGCGUAGAUGGAGCGAUGAUUGCAACAGCUGCUGAAUCUAAUCCAUCCUGUUUCCGGAGUCAAGCGGAUGGGGGUUUGCUUCCAUUCAGAGAUGUCGUUCACUCUUACAUGAAAUUCUGCAUCGAAUCCGAGAAUCGCGCUGGCAACACUAAGUAUCUACUAAACAAUAUGAUUCCGGGCAAGAAUAAAGAGUUCAAAGAUGCAAAGAUUUCUAAAAGCUAUGCCGAUUUCUGCCACGUCUUGAGGUUUGACGACCUCUUACCAGGUGCGCACCAACUCGAUGAGAUCCUGAAACUCACGGCAAAAUCAGUCUUCAAGGACGAAAUACACAGCAAAGCUAUCCGAACUGCCAUUGAGAACAACGAAACCGCUCGGGCAGCUAGCGGCGCUCCAAGGCCUAAAUCAACUUCUCCCACUACCAGCGGAGUAGGACCUAUUCGUACCAGCUCAAUCCCAAGUCCGUCAAAAUCAAAGCCUGCGGAGACUGAAGCCAAUGUUGAUAUCUCUGCAUCAGCUUCCCAGCCAGCUCAGAAGCAGGAAGUCGCCGCAUGACCUCGAUAAUCAAUAUUCUACCAACUGCACUUUCUGACUCUUGAGUGUCCCCGUCAAUGUUCUUUCUCUUACUACUUGCGCCUCCGACCCUUUUUUAUUUGUUAAUCUUGUUGCAUCAUAUGGUGUUGAAUUUUUCACGGAUUUUUUCCUUCUUUUUUGUUUUGGUAUUCAUCAUAAUUAUAGAUUCCCACGGUGUGAUAGAAGCUAGCUGAUAGAGAACUGCUGAAGCUCCAACGGUACAUACACGAACAUAUCGAACUCAUGCACCUCAUAUUAAUCCAAUUUGUUAAGACUUUCCCGCCGUCAUUUCUAGUAAUAUCGCAUUAUACACGUUGGAAAUCAAAUAACUUGGUUCAUAAUGAAGUAGAAUCAACAAGACCAUUCUCUUUGAUCUAUUAGUUCU